AUGUUCACCGAUGGAUCGAAAAUGGAUGGACGAACGGGUUAUGGAAUAUAUGAUCAAGAAGAAAAAGUGUCGCACAGUGGCAGACUUAAAACACAAUUCACUAUAAUGAAUGCUGAAAUCGUGGCAAUAAUCAGAGCUGUGGAGUACUUAAUAAACAAAUCAAUCUCAAAGGCGGUAAUAUUCACUGACAGCCAAAGUGCCGCUCAACUCAUUAAAAAUACAAAAACAGAGGAAAAUUUUCUUAUCUGCACCAUUUAUAGACUAGUAAAUAAUUCACAGAUAAAUAAUCUUACCAUACAAUGGAUACCGGGACAUAUACAGUUAACCGGGAAUGAUAGAGCAGACUAUGCUGCUAAAUUAGGAACAACAAGAAACUUUAUUGAAGAUAUGCCAAUCACUAAAGAAGAUUUAAUACUAAGUCUGAAAAAUGAAAAUGCCUGCCUAUGGAACGAAAGAUACAAGGAAAUCUCAAAAGAAAAAGGUGUAUACCACUUUAAAAUCCUCCCCGACAUUAAACUGAAACCUUGGUUUCACCAUAUUUGUUUACCAACCGAUCUCACGAUAAUUAUAUCAAGAAUUCGUACUGGUCACUUAGCCACCAAAGACAGGCUGUAUAAGUGGGGACUGGUAGCGAAGGAAAACUGUGAUACGUGUAACACUCAGGAAAACAUACUUCAUAUCCUACACGACUGUCCUAAAUAUAACUCACAAAGAAGCAAAUAUCCAAUACUGGCGAAGAAACUAGAUUUAAUACCUGUUCUAACUGAAAACAAACUAGAUAAUAUCAUACAGAUCGCGCGUUUUGUCAAGGAGAUUAAAGUUAGCGUUUAA